CGGUCCCUCCUCGCUCCGCGCCCGACUCCAGGAGGCAGGAGGAGGCGGUGGCCGAGGGAGGAGGCGCGGCGGCGGCGGCGGCGCUGUAGCGAGGAAUGCGCUGAAGAUGGCGGCUGGCCGGAGAGCGCCCAAGAGCGGGCUGCUGGAGCUGCGGGCGCCGGGCGAGCAGUGGCUGCGGGUGCUGGUCACGCUCACCGAGGACUUCCUGAGCGUCAGCCCCGGUAAGGGCGCCGACGAGCCGCUGCAGCCCCCGCCCAGCCCCGCGCAGCUGAAUGGCGGCGAGCCCUGCGCCCCGGUGCCGGACUCGCUGGCCAACGUCAAGCGCACGGUGCGGAUCGUCAAGCAGGACGUGGGCGGGCUCGGCAUCAGCAUCAAAGGUGGUCGAGAAAAUAAAAUGCCCAUCUUGAUUUCCAAGAUUUUUAAAGGGCUGGCUGCGGAUCAAACUGAGGCACUGUUUGUAGGAGACGCCAUCCUUUCUGUCAAUGGUGGUGACCUCUCUGAUGCUACACAUGAUGAGGCUGUUCAGGCCCUCAAGAAGACUGGCAAGGAAGUGGUCUUGGAAGUCAAAUAUAUGAAGGAGAUCUCACCCUAUUUUAAAAAUUCCUCGACUGGCGCGACUGUAACUUGGGAAUCUUCUCCUGCCCUUCAGAAGCAAGCCUCGCCUGCCCUUUCCCUAAGAGAACUCAAGGAAGGGAAGAACAUCCCCCUCAAAAUGUGUUAUGUAUCAAGAAAAUGCCUCCCCAAUGAUCCAGAAAACAGGUACCUGGAAGUGUGCUCAGCAGAUGGGCGAAUUCCCUUGUUUCUUCGGGCAAAGGAUGAAGUAUCUGCCCAGACAUGGUUCAAUGCCAUCCACAGCAACAUCAGUGCCCUGUUGCCCAGAGUCAAAGAGGAAUUGAGGGCCUUGCAAUCUGGAGUUGGCAUGGCUGGAAGCAGAGACAUCAAGCACAUUGGCUGGCUCACAGAGCAGCUUCCUGGGGACGGGACAAAGAACAUCCUUGCAGUCCUCACGGAGAAGGAGCUUCUCUUCUACAGUAGCUUCCCACAAAGUCGGGAUGCCUUGAAUAAGCCCUUACACAGCUUCCCACUCAUAGCUACCAGGCUGGUGCACUCUGGCCCAUCCAAGGGCUCUCUUCUCUAUGACACUGAGCUCUCAUUUGCAUUACGGACCGGAACAAAAAAAGGUGUGGAGACGCACGUGUUCAGUGUGGAGACGCACCGGGACCUGGCUACAUGGACAAGGAUCCUCGUGGACGGGUGCCACAAUGCAGCAGAGUGUAUCCAGGAAGUGUCAACAGCAUGCACAUGGAAUGGGAGAGACUGCACCUUGUCCAUCCACAUUGACAAGGGCUUUACCAUCUCUACCCUGGAGCCUGGCCUCACCAAAGUCAUCCUUCUGCAGCAGCCUUUCGAGAGGCUGCAGAUGUCCUCCGAUGAUGGGGCCAAGAUGCUUUAUUUGGACUUCGGCAGCUCAGAAGGAGAGAUCCAACUAGAUCUUCAUUCCUGCCCCAAAACUAUUGUCUUCAUCAUCCACUCAUUCCUCUCUGCCAAAGUGACCCGGCUUGGGUUGCUGGCAUAAGGACAAGGGGGACGACGUCUAGAGAGAGAGCCAAGAUGUCAUUAAAUCUAUGCACUAUGGCUAUUAGUUACAUGGCCAAAGCAAAUUUUUAAAAUGUCACUACAGACUGGAGCAAGGACAGCUGGUGUAAUGCAUUGACAGUCAAAGGAUUUCCAGGACAGCUAAUGGAAAUACACGGAUGAGGAACUUUCUCAGUAUGCCAAACCCAAGACUGGAAAGCCCAGGCAAUAAGAUUUCCUUAUGAAAAUGCCCAUCACAAGUUUGGAAAAUCUGAGACAAUGAAGGAUGUCAUAUCAGUCUCAUUCUGCCGUCACAUUAGUGCCUUGAAGAUGAUAUUUUAUAUAUGGGAAAAAAUCUGUUUGUAUCAAGGUUUUAUAUUUAUAUUGCUCAGUUUAUGAACCUUAAAGAAAUGCUGACUUGGUGGGUUUUGUUCCUUACUUUAACACCAUUUUAGUUGCAAAAAUGUGGUAGACUAAGACAGAUGUCUUCAUUCUCUGUAAAGCAUAAAGUCUGGAAAUACUGUAAGCCGUUUCUCUGACUUGUGACAGACAUAAACUAAAAAAGUGGUUGUGGAUUUACCAAUUUAUCCAAACUUUGUAGAUAGUCACAGAAGCCAUAAUUUUAAAAGACAUUUGAUUGAUGAGAUUAUUAUUUUUUUGCUAACUCUUGGCCCUUCAGUUUUAUUUCUCAUAUAUAUGCUAUAAAAGGAGGUGCUCUUGAGAAGGGGAAACAACUAGUUUUAUGAACUAAAAAUCCUUGCAUGAAAUUCUUUUAUUUCAUUUUCCUUUUUUGUGAAAUAAAUACAAAUUACUA